AUGGGUGAGCGGAAAGUAUUGAACAAGUACUAUCCACCAAGCUUUGAUCCGAAGAAGAUUCCGCGGAUCCGAAAACCGAAGAAUCAGCAGAAGAAUGUUCGAUAUAUGCUUCCGUUUUGUAUUCGAUGCAACACAUGUGGGAACUACAUAUCCAGAGGCACCAAAUUCAAUAGCCGUGUCGAAGAAGUAAUCAACGAGACCUAUUUAGGGCUCAAAACACACAGGUUUUACUUCAAGUGCACUAAGUGUUGCGCCGAGCUGAUUUUGAAAACUGAUCUACAGAAUUCGGAUUAUGUAGUGGAAUCAGGUGCAACUCGCACUUAUGAUCAACACAGAGAUGAGAAGCAAGCCGAGGAGAGUGGAGAUGCAAUGAGUUCUUUAGAGAAGAGAAGUUUGGUUUCUAAAAGAGAGAUUGAAGUUAUGGCUGCUCUUGAUGAGAUGAAAUCAAUGAAAUCUAGACGCAUGUCGGUGAACGUAGACUCUAUGCUUGAGGCUUUGAGUAGAAGAGACGACGAAGAAAAAGCAAAAGAAGAGGAUGCAGUGCUGAUAAAGUCUAUCAGAUUUGGUAAGCAGAGGAGGAUUGCAGAAGAAGCAACCGAUGAGAAGAAGAGAAGAAUGGAGGCAAUAGAUGAGAAGAAACCUCAGACUAAGAGACUUGCUUGCGGAAUUCAGACCUCUUGUGUUCGCAUAAUAACAUCAAAGAAGAAGGCAACAAGUAGUAUGGGACUCGCAUCUCUAUGUCACAACUAUGGUAGUGAUGAAGAAGACUGA